AGCAUAAUUAAGAAAAGAAAAAGGUUUGAAACAUUUUGUUUUUUAUUAUUAUUUUUUUUUCUUUUUUUUUCUUUGUUUUCCUUUUAAGUGUUGAUUAUCACAGUUAAACAUAGUUAAAAUUAAUUAAGCGUAAUUAAUUUAGUUUAAGAAAAAAAAAAAGGGAGUGGGGUUAGAAAGUUUGUUUGUCGUUUCUGAAAAGGGAAACGGUUUUUCUGAAAAAAAAGGACAAGGCGUUUGGCGUUUGGGUGUGGCAGAGGCGGUGUUGGUUUUUGGCAGGUUUUUGCAGGCGAGGAAGGACACCACGCGGAGGCUCUCCAUUCCUAUGAGAGUAACUCACACACCCGUAACUAUACACACUACACUUGACAAUCAACUACGAAUUCUUUUCUCAAAAGAAAAAAAAGAGUGAGAAUCAGAAGAGGAGAAAAAUUGGCUCGUGGGUAAGGUUUUCUGGAGAUUCGAACGCUCUUCCUGUCGCAACAGUUAUUGGAGACACCAAGCAAUAGCAUAGGGGCCCUCGAGAGUGCAGUGUUGUGCCCUGUUCUUGUGAGCGGUGGUGUUUCACUGUUUACAUUGGGUGGUUCACGACGAAGCAUUGUUUGGUGGUGCUGGAAAAGUUUCUGCAAGAAAAUGGAUGGGAGGAUUAUUGAAGUUGCUGCAGCCACAGGAAACGUUGACGAACUUGAAAGGUUGAUGAGAGAAGACAUAUUGGUGAUGGAUAGUGUUGCCUUGCUUGGAGCUCAAACACCUCUACACAUUGCAUCAAUGUGUGGUCAUGUUUCUUUCGUACAAAAAAUGUUGAAAUUGAAGAAGCAAUUUGUGAAUGAACUCAACCAAAACGGGUUUACUCCCAUGCACCUUGCCUCUGUCAACGACCAUGUUGAGGUCGUGCUUAAGCUUCUGAAUGUUGACCAUCAACUGUGUCACAUUCAGGGGAGGGAGGGAACCCUUCCUCUACACUAUGCCUCUGUCAAAGGAAGGAUCCAUGUUAUGACGAUGUUGCUCUCUGCUGCUCCACUCACUGUUCAAGCAAAAACCUCCACAGGGGAAACUUCGCUUCAUAUUGCUGUAAAAAACAGCCAAUUUGAUGCAGUUAAGUUUCUGGUGAAUUACGCCAAGACAUUGAAGAUGGAAAGAGAACUGUUGAAUGAUAAAGACAACCAAGCAAAUACUGUCUUGCAUCUCGCUCGGUCAAGGAAGCAAUACCAGGUAUGUGAUUCAAGGGAUUUUAGAUCAUUUACAUAAAGAAUAAAGCAUAAAAAAUGAUAAUAGUAUUACAUUAAUGCCAUAAUUCUGAAUAAAAUAAUAAUCUAAAUCGUUAUCAUUAUUGAUAUUGAAUGAUGUUAGAGCAUUUAUAAUGAGUAGAAUUUGGAGCGCAGAUACUUGAUACGUUCUUGGUUAAGGAUGAUGUUGCGAAAGAAGUGAUGGUGGUGAAUUCAGUGAACGAGAAAGGAAUGACCCCUCUUGAUGUUUUUAUGCUAUUCUCAAGCAAAGCCGGUGAUUUAGAAAUUUACGAAUGCCUUGUGAAAGCUAAGAGUGGAAAGGACAUUGAGAAUGAGAAUGAAAUCCGUGUUCCUAUAAGGAACUUCACAUCAAAUCUACCUAAAAGUACAUUGAGAAGGAGAAUGAAACCCGUGUUCCUAUCAGGCUGUGCUUAUUAAUACAAUAAGUGUAUUAAUACAUUCGGUAAACACACACUCUAAUUAUUCUACAUUUAUUUACUACAACAUUUACCAAGCACUUAUUGUAUUAAUAAGCACAGCGUGAUAGGAACACGGGUCUCAUUCUCCUUCUCAAUGUACUUUUAGGUAGAUUUGAUGUGAAGUUCCUUAUAGGAACACGGGUUUCAUUCUCAUUCUCAAUGUCCUUUCCACUCUUAGCUCCUGCUUUCACAAGGCAUUCGUAAAUAUCUAAAUCACCGGCUUUGCUUGAGAAUAGCGUAAAAACAUCAAGAGGGGUCAUUCCUCCCUCGUUCACCGAAUUCACCACCAUCACUUCUUUUGCAACAUCAUCCUUAACCAAGAACGUAUCAAGUAUCUGCGCUCCAAAUUCUACUCGUGAUAAAUGUUCUAACAUCAUUCAAUAUCAAUUAU